AUGAGAAUGUCUUCAGUAUCCCUCGUCAGAUCGCUGCCUCUCUCGUGCGGCUUUCAAUCAAAUUUUAUUUCCUGAUCGAGACUAAUUCGACGCGUCAGCGUUUAACUCAAAUUUCCAGGAAAACCGGCGCGCUUUGCUUUUUAUUCUUUCUCUUCCUCCUUUCUUUCUUCUUUUUCAUUCACACCCACUUGAUACCCAAAUAGCUAGUAUAUCACUAGCCUUUGCUUCCCUACACUUUCACACAUAACACAUACAAAACAUGGACGAAGAGCCAGUGGACGCCGUCUUCGGCGAUAGGGUGCGCCGCUUCCAGGAGUUCUUAGACGCGCCGAACGGAAAAACCGACUACAAGGACGCGAUCCGUGAGAUGCUCAUCCACAGCAGAAAUCGCUUACCUGUCUCCAUCGACGAGGUCCGCGACUUUGACAAGGAGUACUGGGCGGGGUUGUUGAACUUCCCAGCAGACUUUCUUCCCGCGGCAGAACGCGCCCUCCGCGACACGAUUCUUACAAUCUACGACCCUGCCGAUACGCGCUUCGCGUAUAUCGACGAGCAGACAAGCUUUUAUGUGUCUUUCCGUGGCGCAUUCGGAGAUCACACGGUAUCGCCGCGCACGAUCUCGUCGUUCCACCUCUCCAAGAUGUUGUCGAUCGAGGGAAUCGUGACGCGUGCGUCAUUGGUUAGACCCAAGAUCAUCCGGUCGGUGCACUAUGCCGAGAACACGGGCCGCUUCCACGCACGUGAAUACCGUGACCAGACAACGUCGUUCGACCCCGUGUCGCACGCGGCCAUCUACCCCACUGAGGACCCCGACGGUAACAAGUUGAUCACCGAGUACGGCUACUCGACAUACCGCGACCACCAGACGAUCAGCAUCCAGGAAAUGCCCGAAACCGCGCCCGCGGGGCAGUUGCCGCGGUCUAUCGACAUCGUGCUCGAUGACGACCUCGUCGACUGCACCAAGCCCGGCGACCGUGUGCAGAUUGUCGGGGUUUUCCGCUCUCUCGGCAACGGCGGCAGCAACGUUUCGCACUUCCGCACGGUCGUGUUGGCGAAUGCGGUGUACCCGUUGCACGCGCGGUCGUCCGGGGUGUCGCAGCAGGAAAAGGUGACGGAUGCGGACGUGAUUGCGAUCACGGCCAUCGCCAAGAAGACCAAUGUGUUUGACGUUAUGGCCCAGUCGCUUGCGCCGUCCAUUUAUGGCCACGAAUACAUCAAGAAGGCUGUUCUCUUGAUGUUGCUCAGCGGGGUAGAGAAGAACUUGGACAACGGGGGCCACUUGAGAGGUGACAUCAACAUCUUGAUGGUCGGUGACCCAUCCACGGCCAAGUCGCAGAUGUUGCGCUUUGUUCUCAACACCGCGGCAUUGGCCAUUGCCACCACCGGGAGGGGCUCCUCGGGUGUCGGUUUGACCGCGGCCGUAACCCACGACAAAGAGACAGGUGAGCGACGUCUCGAGGCCGGGGCCAUGGUGUUGGCUGAUAGAGGGAUCGUGUGUAUCGACGAGUUCGACAAAAUGAGUGACAUCGACAGAGUGGCCAUCCACGAGGUGAUGGAACAGCAGACGGUGACCAUCGCCAAGGCCGGGAUCCACACCUCGUUGAACGCGCGGUGCUCAGUCAUUGCAGCCGCGAACCCCGUGUACGGCCAGUACGACGUGACCAAAGACCCGCACAAGAACAUCGCGUUGCCGGACUCGCUCUUGUCGCGUUUCGACUUAUUGUUCAUCGUCACCGAUGAUGUGUCGGACGAGCGCGACCGCGCCAUCUCCGAGCAUGUGUUGCGCAUGCACCGGUUCAUCCCACCGGGGUACUCUGAGGGCGAGCCAAUCCGCGAAAACACCCAUCUCUCUCUCGCAGUCGGCGAGAGCUCGGCCAACACCGAGAACGACGACGCUGCCGUGUGGGAAAAGUUCAACCCGUUGUUGCACGCAGGUGCCGCACAGGCGCAUAAAGGCACGAACGGCAUGCCUGAGAUCCUCUCCAUUCCGUUCCUCCGCAAGUACAUCCUGUACGCGAAGGCGCGUGUGCGCCCGGCGUUGUCGCAGGCAGCGUCUGACUACAUCGUGGAGAUCUACGCGGGGUUGCGGAACGACGUGGGGCGGUCUGGAAAGCAAACCGCUCCGAUCACCGCACGUACGUUGGAGACAUUGAUCCGUUUGGCUACUGCGCACGCGAAGGUGCGGUUGGCGAAGACUGUGAGCAAAGAGGAUGCCCAGGUGGCGAACGAUAUGUUGCGGUUUGCCCUUUUCAAAGAUGUUCCGAAGAAGCCGUCUAAGAAGUCGAACAAGAAGCGAAAGGCAGGCCCGGGGCCAGAGGUAGAGUCGGAGUCGUCACAAUCGCCGGAGGCGGAAGCGAUAACGAACUCCCCAGAACCGGCGGCCGGGCCGUCCGAAAGGGAGCUUCGUGCCAUGCGCAGAGACGGCGACGGCGAUAGCGUGAUGGAGGAUGCCCAGCCGUUGCACCACACCGCGGCGUCGAACGUCCCAGAGAGCACCCUCAGCGCGGCGCGCUUGGCCACCUUGAUGCGCGCAAUGGCGCGCUUGAUGCAAGGCGAGAUCUUUGCCAGCGAGAGCUGCGCCAUCGAGGUGGUGUUCGAACAUGUGAAUCGCGAAAUGUCCGAGGAAGAGCAGUUCUCGCGUGAGGAAUUUGUCGACGGGAUGACUGAUAUGGAAAGCAAGAACCAUCUCAUGAUGGCGGAUGGGAAGAUCUGGAAGGUUUAGGCUACGAGUAUGUAACUUGAGCCCCAGCGGAAUAGGUGUGUAAUAUAAAAGUUGUUAAGAAUGAGCUAGGUGCGAGGGCAUAGCGGGUACGUAGCACGGGGUAGGAUGGGUUAGAGAUGAAUAUAACGGUCAUGAUG